AUGUCGACAUAUUUUCAAAAUCAGGCUGUAGCAGAAACGCGUCCGGAUGCUGAUGGUGUCACUGGCCUGGCCGUGUUCGCGACCGAUUCAUCAGGGCAUCAACUCAUCGAGGAUUAUUUUGGCCGAAGCAGCACCAUCAAGUCCGACAAAAUCGGAAAGGAUAGUGUAUUCUGGAUCUAUUCGAUCACGAAAACAAUUACAGCGAUUGCUGCUUUGCAGUGCGUGGAGCGAGGCCAGAUCAAACUAGACGACGAGGUUUACGAUGUUCUUCCUGAACUCGAAGACUUUCAAGUCCUUGGCCAUGAUCAAGCGGGCAACGUGACACUUCACCCACACAAGGAGAAGAUCACUCUUCGCCAUCUGCUUUCUCAUACCAGUGGCAUUGGUGUGGACGUCUUUGAUCCGAGGCUUCAGGCCUGGCGGAUGUCUCGUGGAGAACAUCCGCAAGCCUUUUCGGGAGACUCAAAGAAGGCAUACACUAUCCCUCUCCUCUUCGAGCCAGGCCAUGGUUGGGCUUAUGGAGGAGGCGUCGAGUGGGCCGGGAUCCUAGUCGAGAGACUGAACAAGAUGAAGCUCGGCGAAUACAUGAAGACCAACAUCUUCGAGCCUCUGGAAAUGACCAGUACAACAUUCCAUCCUGACAGAGAUUCUACAAUCAAGGAGAGACUGGUUGAGACGAGUACGAGAAUCUCGGAUGGCACACUCGUGCCCAUGGAAGGCCCUUACCCCGCUGUCACGGAGGACGACAGUGGAGCUAUGGGCCUCGUCUCGAGUGUACCUGACAUCACCAAGUUGACAACUGACCUUCUUCAAACUAAGCCGAUGAUUCUCGGCGAAGAGUCUUUGAAGGAGUUGUUCUCGCCACAGUUCAACGCCGACUCGUCAUCCGCUGGGAUGCUCGCUUAUGGUGCAAUGAUGUACGGCCGGCUGACUGGAGAGGAGUAUGAUCCUUCAAAGGUUGGUCAAGCUCCAGGAGCUUACUUCAUCAAGGAUGACACUAGGAUCCUGCCCGGCGGGACACUCGUCAUGACAGGAAUUCCGAACCUGGUCUGGUUUGUGAACCGCGAGAAGGGAAUAGGCGGCUUCUACGCGAGCGCUAUCAUGCCGCCCGAUGACGCCAAAAGCACAAAGUUGAUACAAGGGUUUCUCGAGGAUGUUUUCAGCGGAAAAUAA